AUCCAACAUGUUAUCAUCCAUCGGCGAACUCUUCGGUGAACAUGAAGUGAACGAGUUUAUUGAAUACAAAACACACGUUAGUGAUAGCAAGUUUUGGUCGACCGAGCUGGGCAACGUACCUUUCCUAGAUCGUAGCACGGUAGGAUCGUUGCUUGAUCUAGAAGAUUCACCACCAACGUAUGACGAAUUCUACACAUCCAAGUUUAUGAUUCCGUCAGCAGUGCAGCCAAUUGAGGUUUCCGGAUUUUCCAGCAUACCAUCGACAACAUUUCCCCAAGAACAUCAAACUAUCGACUCAACAUGGUCUACGGUCCUACAGACCAGGGCAGAUAAUUCGACCUCUUUUGGUAAUCAGCCGUUAUCAAACAAUGGCGAUGGGACUAGCUCUGUAAACAUGAAUGUUGGCACCGGAUAUGGUGCCACAACCAAGCGAUCACGAACGGCAUUUACCAGCUCUCAAUUAGUGGAACUGGAAAAGGAGUUUCACUCUAACCGUUAUCUGUGCAGACCCCGGCGAAUUGAGCUAACUCGGAAGUUGGCUUUAACUGAGCGACAAAUCAAAAUUUGGUUCCAAAACCGGCGCAUGAAGCACAAGAAAGAGAGUUCCAACGUCAAGGAUAUAAACAAGCUGAAAAGUUCGUGCCAUUGUACGGAUGGAGAAUCUUCCCAAUCUCCUAAGAUGUCCUCACCAUCAUCACCUCACAGUGUCCAUACAAGCAUUGGAAUGGAUGAAGAACGCAAUGGCCACCAAAGCAUCGUCAACCGGUUAAUGGCACAUUCUACUUACGCACCUCGCACGACAGCCUACAACAAUAGUUCCGUCAGCUCUUACAACAGCGAUAAGAACGGAAAUACUUUCACCUAUGUUGCCAAGCCCCACAACACACACACUACGAGCAACGGUCUAAAAUCAAUGUACACUUCCCUAACAGCAAGUGAUAUAUUUGACCAACCGAUGUUGUGUACCGACCUGCCCGAACAGUCGAACCUCGUCCUAUCGACAAACAACGAGAUCAAUGUAGAACUUAAAGAAUUUGAUAACUGUUCGAUAUUCCCCUCCAUCAUUCAGGAGCUAGAUUCCAGCUUUCUCCCUCACCCAUUGGCGCAGAAAACUACGACAACGAUUGAUGAAUCACUCAAGGAACCAUCACAGAUGACUAUGCUCUUGAUGCCAUCGGUGUCUUCCACUUCUACUGAAGACCUCAGCAACGUCAAUCCUUUAGCUGACAGUUCGUACCGUUCUCUCACAAGUUUUAAUCAGCCUACCGUCGUUGCUUCCGCUGCGUCCACCGACGGCGACAUCAUUGGUGUCAGUUCGCCAUCUGUCACUAUUCAGUGGGGCAAUAAGAACCACCAAAAACAAAACCAUAAUCAUCUUCUUCGCCCGUCUCCUCUAAUCGAAGACUCAAACAACAACAACUGCGACAAUUUUGACUCCCACUGCAGUGGUUCGGCUCUGGCCCAUCAACAUCACACCGCUGUUCAGUUACAACACAUUCCAUCAUCAAUUAAACAGCAACAACAACAACAUGCCAUUGGAGUGGGAAUCAACGUUGCCCUGCACGCACCCAACGUAGCAACGACUGGCACGACAAAUUCCAUGCUUUCUUCACCUAGUGAUUGUGGCAACGUAUUUCUAGAUCUUUAGAGAUUAUAAAACCGCAGUUUCUAUAUCCGACGCGGCGCUCAUCAGCCAACAAUUUGCUGUGAAAGGGGAACAGAGAAGCAGCGAGGGAACGAAAGUAAUUAGAAUUUAAGAUACACCCAAAUCUACACGAUACUGUUUCGGACGAUAAUGGCA